UUUCACAGCACACCUGGAAUCAACUCUGUUCUCCGAAUCAGAGUCUCAAGAAAAGUCCUCGGCUCAUUCUUCCCCUAUGAAGUAGGAGCGCCACACACCCGCACUUAUGCAGGCGCCAUGGACCCGGCCGCCGUCGCGCCUGGCCGUGCGCGUCACGGCGCCCACGUCCAUCUCAUCCGCCUCUCCUCUCAUGAUAAGCCCCUAUGCGUCGGCUAGCUCACCAGCCCCGUUCGCGCUCCUUCUCUCAUCACACACGUCAUCACCAAGACCGCCAUCCACACCAAUACGAAACCACUCCGUCCGCCUCUACUCCUCCGCCUCCUCCCGCUGGAAGCUCCGCCAGGGCGCCGACCACUUCGCCCGCUCCGCGCGCGUGCAGGGCCUCAAGUCGCGCGCCGCCUUCAAGCUGCUCGAGCUCGACGCCAAGUACCACCUCUUCCGCCGCGGCUGCGGCCAGGUCGUCGUCGACCUCGGCUUCGCCCCGGGCAGCUGGUCGCAGGUCGCGCUCGACCGCACCGCCCCCAACGGCCGCAUCGUCGGCAUCGACGUCAUCCCCGCCCAGCCACCCCGCGGCGUCAGCGCCAUCCAGGGGAACUUCUUGAGUCCCGGCGUGCAGGGCAUGGUGAAGCAGUUCCUGCUGGAGGGCGAGCGGCGGCGGAGGGCGGCGGCAGAGGCGGAGGCGGCGGCUGGUCAGGGGACGGCGAGGGCCAGGGGGGCCGGGAAGCACCCCGGAGAGGGGGGUGAGGUUGCCGGGGAGAGCGAGACGGGGGAUGAGGUUGCCGACCGGCCGAGCUAUAUCGAUCUGGAACGGAUGGCGGCGCACGAGAGCGAAGCCGAGAGUGGUACGUUGUCGGCAACGCCUGCCUCGUCCGCGGCCGACAACACCGGCCACCCCAGGGAGGAAGCCAAGGAAAAGCCCAAUCUCCGGUUGGUAGAUGUAGUCCUCAGCGACAUGAUGAUGAACACGAGCGGCAUCGCGUUCAAGGACCACGCCGGGAGCAUGGACCUCUGCCGCGCGGCCCUCGCAUUCGCCUCGGACACGCUCAAGCCCGGGGGCCACUUCGUCUGCAAGUUCUACCAGGGCGCCGAGGACAAGGCGUUCGAGACGCUGCUGAAGAAGAUGUUCGCCAAGGUGCACCGGGAGAAGCCCGAGUCGUCGCGCAGCGUCCCUCCAAAACUUACGGGAUUGUAGGAAUCGAGAGAGGCCUUCUUUGUGGCGCUCAAGAGGAAAGGAGAAGUCACCCUGGAGGAUGUCGAGGGACAGUGAACCACCUCCCGGAAGAGGAGUGCAGAAUACAGAGGGGACAUGUAUCAUACCAUUUAUGCUGGGCAUAGACUGUGC